UGAGAGGCGUCGGCUACCUCUCUUCCAACUUCCUCUAAACUGGGUGUACCAGAAAAACAGCAGCUUUUUCCGUCAAGGGCUUGCGAAAGAGAAACUCCUGUGUCGGAGUACUUGUUGCUGCUUUUACAAGGGAAAGGGCCGAGAACAGGGUUUUACUUUCACAGCACACCUCAUCAAAGGUGAAAGGUCUUAUUUGGAAAGGCAGCCGUGUGUUGUUGUUUCGCCACAAGACCAGCUCUCACUUUCCUUUCGUCACCUCCUAAGGAGAAAGGGUUACAUGACAGACAGAGAGGACCUGUUCCACUAUUGUAGCGAGGCUAAGCCGGGCAUGGAAGGGCCGCGCAGCACUCGCGGUACGGCCCUCCGAGGCCUGUGGGGGCUACUGCUGUGCAACAUACUACUGGACCUCGCUAGCUCAGCCCCGAGCCGCGCAAGCCCCGAGGUGUACUCGAAUGUAGGCCAGUUCUGGCAUAUCUCUGAUUUGCACUUGGACCCCACCUACCACGUUACAAGUAAUCGCACUCAAGUUUGUGCCUCUUCCAAAGGAGUGAAAGCCUCUGACCCUGGCCCAUUUGGAGAUUUUAUGUGUGAUUCUCCAUAUCAGCUUAUUUUAUCAGCUUUGAAGUACAUGAAGGAUUCUAAUCAACAGACAUCUUUCAUGAUAUGGACUGGAGAUAGUCCUCCUCAUGUUCCAGUGAAAGAACUCUCCACAAAGAUUGUCAUUGAUAUUAUUGGUAACAUGACUUCUGCCAUAAGAAGUUUCUUUCCAAAUCUCCAAGUUUUUCCUGCAUUGGGAAAUCAUGACUACUGGCCACAGAAUCAGCUGCCUGUAUCUGUCAGUGAAGUCUACAAUGCUGUAGCAGAUUUCUGGAAACCUUGGCUUACUGAUGAAGCAGUCAAUACCUUGAGAAAGGGUGGCUUUUAUACACAAACAUAUCAGUCCAGUGUGACUACUCAACCUCUUAGGAUAAUAAGUUUAAAUACAGUUUUAUACUAUCCUCCCAACACUUUGACUUGGAAUAUGAGUGACCCAGCAAACCAGUUUGAAUGGCUAGAACAUGUACUAGAGGUGGCACAUCAUAACAAGGAAAAGGUGUAUGUAAUAGGACAUGUGCCAGUAGGCUAUCUGCCUUUUGUUCGAGAUACUCCUGCCAUAAGGAAACACCACAAUGAGAGGUUGAUAGAAAUUUUUCGCAGGCACAGCAGUGUAAUUGCUGGACAGUUUUUUGGACACACUCACAGAGACAGCGUUAUGGUUCUUCUGGAUGAAAUGGGAAAACCAAUAAACUCCUUAUUUGUGGCACCUGCUGUGACACCAGUGAAGGCUGCAUUCGUGGUAAACUCAAACAAUCCUGGAGUGAGAUUAUAUCAAUAUGAUCCUCUUUCGUACAAUCUACUGGAUCUUUGGCAGUUCUACUUGAAUCUCACAGAAGCCAACAUGAAAAACGAAUCAAUCUGGAAACUUGAGUAUGUUAUGACCAAAGCUUAUGGAAUUGAGGACUUAAUGCCAGAAACUUUGUAUGAAAUGACAAAUCAAUUCAAUGUACCUCACAGCAAAUUGUUCCAAAAAUAUUACAGCCACUACUUUGUGAGUUAUGAUGCAAGCUUAUUCUGUGAAGAGUACUGUAGGAUCAACCAACUCUGUGCAAUUCUAUAUUUAGAUCACAGCUCCUAUACAGACUGUAUCAGACAUAAAGAUCAGUCACAUGGGUGAAAGGUAAUGUUCAUACUACAGAAUUGUGUUCUCUAAGGCCUGGUUCAUAUGUAACAACCUUAACCAUUGUUUAUUAAGUGAACUAGUGUGGUGCCUGUCCACUUCAACUCACCCCUGUCCUUCCUAGUUUUCAAUUACAUCCAAACUGCUCCUAGUUUCAUACCCUGGUUAGUACGCCAAGAUUAAAUCAGUUUCCCAGUUAAAACGUAACAGGAAAUGUAUCAGGAAAUGAAACACAAUUUAAGCGCUGAAGUUGGCCGUACAAUGGGGAGCACACAGGCACAACAUUAGUUUUUUGAUUUAAUAAACCAUGGUUUACUAAGCAGAUAUCAUUACUCCAAACUUGGUCUGAAUAUAAAAUCCAAAUAAUAGUUUGUCACAUUGGAAGCCUGUAAAAUAAAUAAAAUGUUGUACAGAGAAACAGAUCCUAUAUGUUUUGUUAGCAUUGUUGCAAGAUGAAAAUAAAUUAUUCUUACCUCUAAGCACUGUAAAUGCUAUAAGCAUCCAAAGCAGUUACUCAAUCAAUUUUGGGGAGGGGGGUGCACUGUAUUUUCAAACCUAAGCUGCUUCUUCAGUUGACUCCUGCAUAUACACACAAGAAAAUAUAUAAGAAUAUCAACAAGAUCUCUGAUAGACUUAUGAAUUCCUAGCAACCAUGGAAUUUAGCUGCAACUCACAAGUCUGUUGGGGAAACUUUCUUGUGUGUAUUACUCAUUUAAAAAGAUAUUUGUACAUAGAUGUAUGACAACAACACUUGUACUACUACUCAUCUGUAAAACUGUAAUGAGCUGCACCAUGGGAAGUUGUUUAUAUGAAGUUAUGGCUUUAUUUCUCUCUAAGUGUUAAGGACAUAUGGUUUUGGUCAAGGACAACAGAGUUCAUGAGGCCACAAAAUAAUUCCUUUUAUAACAUAACUCUGUCAAUCAUGGAUGUCAGCAGCAUUUUCCCAAUGUGGUGAUAGGGAACAAAGUAAAACACUGAAAGUGGGGAGCAGCCUAGUUUCUCUCACACACAAAUGAGAAGAAUAGUGCCUGUACAUGAGAAGAAUAGUAGCCUUGUAUUUCAGGUUCUACAUCAUCAGAAGCUGCCUUAUAUUGAGGCAAAGUCACUGAGACAUCUGCCUCAAUAUUGUCUACACUGACUGGCAGCAGCUCUCCAGGGUUUCAGACAGGGAAUCUUUCCCAGCCCUACCUGGAGAUGCCAGAGAUUGAAACUGGGACCUUCAGCAUGCAAAGCAGAUGCUCUACCACUGAGCUAUGGUUCUUCCAUAUGCUAGGAGCGUGGAUUUUUUAAAAUGAGAGCAGGAAAUCGGGGGGGGGUCAUCUGGGGGGAAGAAUUCCCCCCAUUAAUCCCCAUGCUGUCAAAUUGUUUUUAGUUACCAGAAACAAAAUGAAAAAAUAAUUACUGACAACAAAAGAGUAAGACAUGACAUAUGCCAUGCUUCCUGAAGGAGGAGAGGAGGAGAGGCUAUAUAUAUUACAUGUUUUUCUGUAUUUGGAUGGAUUCUUCAGGGAUGAUCUUCAGUGUCAGACAUUUACAUACACUUAAACUUUGUUUCAAACAUCUUAUAAUUUUCCUAUUUUAUUCCACACAAUGGUUUCUGGUUAUGGAUUUGCUUCUUUAUUGCUGGUUUAUAUGAAUGUCUUUGUCAAGCUGUAAUUGUACAGGUGUGGAUCUUAAAUUGCUCUUCAAUCCAUUUAAAGGGGGGAUUUUUGACACUUCCUCCCUCCCUCUGCAGCCCCUCCUCCACACCAUUUCCAAGAAUCCCACAGCCCCCAGGAGCAGAUGUUCAGGAGACUGUGAGUGUGAAGGGAGAGACAGGGGAGUCCUGUUCUGUGAACAUGAACCUGUUCUGUUAAUGGAAGGAAAGUUAGGAUCCAGGCCAUAGUGUUUAAGAAAGAUUUGCUUUUGGGAAUAUUUAGGUGUGUGCUCCCUUCACCCUGGAAUAAAUAAUGUAGCUUGAUCUUAAGUAUAUUUACUUCUAUAGUAAACAAAGUUGCAGCCAUUCAGCAGAAAUAUGGUGUUACUGCCUUAGCUCAGGAAAUUGCACAAUCUUUUGUUGUUGUGUUAAAAUAAACCUUGUUCAUUCCAAA